ACACAAAGAACAAAGGUCAGAAUAUAAUGGCCUCGCCGUUUUCCUCAACUGGGGGUAAGCUGGGGCUGGCUUCGAAGGUACAGACACAGGGUAGUUGUCACGACGCGGAAAAUUCAGAUGGUUGCUGCCUUGCUGGCGUCGACGACAGACUCGAGGCUUUGGCACACUCAGUUUCACAAGACGUUAUUCCCGGUUUAGAGCGUGAGCUGAAUAAGGUGCGAGGUUGGUUGGCAAUGCUGGACGCUCGUCAACCUGUGGGGUGUAUUUCCGCGCGCGCUAAUCCGUCGGGCUUGUCAAAGACACAAUCGUUAUCUGAGCGCAGCGGAGAAAGCGAGGCGGUUCCGAUUUCUCAGUCGGAAUUGAAUUUGAAGGUGCAUCAUAAACUUGAGACAUUGAAUACCGCGGUGCGGGUGUUCAAGACGGCACUGGGUACCAAU